ACUUAUUUUUACUCUCACACACAACAAUCGACGUCCAAGUUCCCACCGCUAGUCAUUUUCUUUUGUAAAAAUACACACCCCUGAAAAUGUGAUAUAUAAUAAUUAAUUAAAUUACAAUGGACAAUGACUGCCUGGGAGGAGGAGGUCGGGGUGGCGAUGGACGAGGUCGAGGACCCAGGUCAGCAUCAUCAUCGAGCCGAAUAACGAUGGCGAACAACCCCACUGCUUCUACUGGUGGACGAAGAGGGCGUGGGUCUAGAGGGGGACGUGGUGGUCGCGGUCGUGGAAAAUCGAAAUUGAAUGCAAGUUUUCGUGGACAAAGUUACAUAGAUGAAGAGGAUGAAAUAUGCCAACAAGCUUUGGGGCAAUAUGAGCUGGAGACGAGUGAAAUAUCGAAAGCUUUGGAGAAAUCAGAGGAGGCAUCACAACUUGAAGGAUUCGAUGAAACUGCAGGAGAAGUCUGGAUCUAUCCAACGAACAAACCAAUUCGUGAUUAUCAAUUUGAAAUGGUGGAAACUGCUCUAUUUCACAACACAUUAGUCAGCCUGCCCACCGGCCUUGGGAAAACAUUCAUUGCUGCCGUUGUAAUGUACAAUUUUCAAAGAUGGUAUCCUCAGGGGUUAAUAAUAUUUAUGGCUCCAACUAAACCAUUGGUCACCCAACAAAUGGAAGCUUGUCACAACCUUGUUGGAAUCCAUCCAUCAAAAACAAUUGAAUUAACUGGGCAAAUAUCACCAAAGAAGAGAGAAGAAUUGUGGAAAACAAAAACUGUUUUCUUCUUAACCCCACAAGUUAUGACGAGUGACUUGGGUCGCGGAUUUUGUCCAGCCGAUAAAGUGAGAUGCAUCGUCGUGGAUGAAGCUCAUAAGGCUUUAGGCCAACAUGCAUAUGCUCAAGCUAUACAAAUACUUUUACAAACUAAUACUUUGUUCAGAGUUUUAGCCUUAAGUGCUACUCCGGGCAGUGAUUUAAUUGCCGUACAACAGGUUUUUAAAAAUUUGUUGAUAUCUCGAGUUGAAUUACGGUCUGAAAACUCACCCGAUGUUUUACCAUACGUUCAUAAUCGAAAUGUUGAACCAAUUGUCGUUUCACUUGAUAAUUAUUUGAGCUCUAUUUAUCAAACGGUUUUAGAAUACCUGCAAGUGUACACAGGGAAGCUGCUAAAAAAUAAAGCACUUUAUGGGAGUGAUGGAUAUUGUUUUACUCAAUUUCAACUCGUUAAGUCCAGAGCUGCAUUCAGGGAAAAAAUUGCACAAACUGUACCCAAUUAUCUAAAGGGAUAUAUAGAAUCUGAUUUUGCUACUUCAAUUACUUUGUCCCAUUCUGUGGAUCUUUUGACUUCCCAUGGACUUCGAUCAUUCUACAUCUUUUUACAAGGAGUGUUGAAUAAGGAGAAAGGGAAUGGACAGGUGGUGUACGAAUUAAGUAAAAAUACAAGAUUGCAAGAUCUCCUCAACGAAAUCAAAGAAAAAUUAAAUAUUUCACCAAAUUCUAGUUUAAAUACUUCAAACUUUUUUAAAACGAUCUCAAAAAACGAGUCUAGCACAUAUGAAACUAACGACGAAAGCGGUCCCGAAAACUAUUUAAUAAGCCAUCCGAAAAUGGGAGUAUUGAAGGACAUUGUUUUAUCCCACUUUAAAAAGUUUGAAUCCAGAAAUGAAACCACUCGUAUCAUGAUCUUUAGCCAAUAUCGUGAUAGCGUGCAAGAAAUUGGUCUAAUGUUGAAUGGAUUGGGCCCUCUAGUCAAGCCAAUGGUGUUUAUUGGCCAAGCGACUACUGGGACAGGUGGCAAAGGGCUAAAACAAAAAGAUCAAGUACAAGUUGUCAGUCAGUUUCGAGAUGGAGGAUACAAUAUCUUAGUUGCCACGUGUGUUGGUGAAGAAGGGUUGGACAUUGGAGAAGUGGACCUGAUCAUUUGCUUCGACGCGAGUAAAUCCCCUACCAGAUUAGUUCAAAGGAUGGGUCGAACGGGGAGACAAAGACAAGGAAAAAUUGUAUUUUUACUAACCGAAGGAAAAGAAGAGAAGAAUUACAAUGCAAGUCUGAGCUUGCAGUCCAGUAUAAGUAAAAAUAUUACGGAUCCGAACAAGUUGUAUCCUUUUCUCUACAAACAUAGUCCCAGAAUGGUGCCUCGUGGUGUUGACCCCCAGUGUUUUAAAAUGGACAUUAUUUUAACUUCAGAACAAGAUAAUCAAAUAAUCAGUAACCAUUGUAAGCAAGAUGAAGAUUUUGUCGAAAUUGAUGAAUAUCCAGACUCUGCAGUAAAUAUAAAACCAAAAUCUAAGCAAACAAAAAAAUCCAUGCUUCCACCAAAAAAGAAACAAAAACAGCCAACCCCACAAUCCUCCUUAAAUGUUUAUCCAGAGAGUAAACCAUUUACAUUAACCCAGUGUUUCAACGACCUUUUUAAGAAAUCUAAACCAUCGCCCCCAAAACUCGUCAACUCCCCUCCUCCUAUUAUCACUACCACCACGAUAGCCAUACCUUCCCCAGAGAUAACCAACAACGACGUGAUGUUAAUAGAGGAUGAAGACGGACUAAUCCCCCAUCACCAUCAACAAUACGAACCUAUUGAUUCGUUCGUUUUAUGCGACAUUUUCGAUGUAUUGGAUCCAUCUGAAAUGUCUUCUAAACCAUGUCUGCAUAUCCCAACACCACCCGAGUCCGAAUUUGAAUGGCUGCCAGAAUAUAACAAAAUGGACCCCGAUUCAUUACUCAUUCCAGAAUAUGAAAUGGAUUUUAUUGUUCAAAAAAUGGAAUCUUUUAGAUCAAUCAUGUUCUAUUUGGAUGAAUGCGAAUGUGGGAAUAUCAAUAUCGACGGAGUUGGAAGGAAGAUGAUUAAUAAUAAUGAUUCGCCAUCUUAUAGUCCACUCCCUACUCAAAUUGAUGAUUUGCAGGAUGGAGGUCUUGUUGAAAAGGAGGAAGUGGAUCAAUUUUUUAAUGACGACGAUCAGUGGUUGCUGAAUGUUGGCGAAGACUACACGAAGGAGGUUGAUCCGGUUAAAAAUGAGGAGACAUUUUCGACUGAACCAAAGAAAAAAUUCGUAUUCAAAAUAAAAAAUAAUACUCCUCUUCCUACGCCGCCUCCUCCUGAAAGCAUUGAACAAACAAUAACUAUUGAAAACCACAAUUUGCAGAGUCCUCUUCGCUCUCGUUCUACUGGAAUCCAGCACUCAUCGCCAGCAGCCGCACCAAUAAUAACCAUUUCUGACGGAGAGGCAAGCAGCAGUACAACAAGUAAUGAUGAGGAAUUUAAAAGUCCAAACUGGCGGAAAAGGUUAUCGCUUCAAUAUAAGCACCCAACCUCACCACCACCAUCUUCGAAUGGCGAAUGCAAUCCUGUGAGGACGAAUAAUGACGAUACCUGGAAAGAGGAACUGCCUGCUAAACAUUCACAAUCACAACAAUUUAAGUCUCAGAUAGAUCCAGAAUUGUUUAAAGAUGACAUGUUAUUAUUUGAUGAUGAUGUCCAAGAUGAUUUUGAACCGGAUUUCGAAGAGAGACCUCUCACCCCUACAAUUUAUGAAAAUAUCGCUAGUCAACAGAAAUGUCAACUAGAACCGACAGUACGCCAAGAAAAUAAGUCAACAUUUUACAACACCAACUUUAUUGCGCCUCCUUCUCCACCAUCCAUAUUUUCCAAAAAUCGACAUUUUACAAAAUUAGUGUCAAAACCAGUACCGAAAUCUGACCUCAUCUCCAAUACUGACAGUGAUGAUGAAAUAUUGGAAUUACUCAAUUUGACACAGAUUGAACAAUCUGCUUAUAGAAAAUCUCAAGAGAAAUUGCCAAUUAAUGACAGCUAUAAGUUAACAAUGAAUAAUCCUCCAAAAUUCACUUUCAAAAAAUCAACUAGCGAAUCAACUCUCAAACCCUGUUCGUCUACUUCGAAUCCUCCCAAAAUAAAUGAUUGGAUAGAUUUAACACACACGAAUAGACCAAAAAAUACCAAUAAACUUCCACAACCAGAGUCAAAAAAGAGAUCACAAACAAUUAAAAACCCACUUUUACGUCCAUCCCCACUGCCAUCCAUAGCAGCACGAAUCCCAUUAAAAGUCAGACCAUCAAAGCUACAAUUUCAAGACGAGAAAGCAGAUUGGAGUGAUGAUGAUGACUUUCGAAUUCCAGGAAAUCGGUCAAAGGCGACGAAACAAACUAAUAGAAAUCUAAUUAAAUCUCCAUCUCCAACUUUACUUUCAAAUAUGACAACAAACUCCGAUACAUUUGCAUCCAGUUCGCCCCUCAGAGCUAUUCCCAGCAGCAGUUCUAGAAAUUUAAACCCAACAUUUUGUGACAUUUCACCUAUUGCUUCUACAAAACAAAGAAAGAAACGAAGGAAAAUUGAAAUUAAUUCAUUUCUUCAGCUGGAAGCAGAAGUUAGCGAGAACGACGAUGACGAUGACGACGACGACGAUGGAUUGGAUAGAUAUGAUACUUCCUUCGUUGACAGUGAUGAUGAGGAUGUCCUUACUGAUUCUCAACAAGCCCGUUAUUUAAAAUCUGUGAAGGAUAUUCAUCCAAAUCCAGGAGUACGAGUUGAAGCUCCAUUGGAAUCAAACAAUGGCAAUGAUUCCAUACUAAUUGGGGAUAUGAAUUAUGCCAGCGAUUCCUUCUGUGUUAAUAACGACAGCGUUGAAUUUGCGGAUAUUGGCGUAUUUACACAAGCCAUGAACGUCGCACGACAAGAAGUUUUAAACGAAAGGCCAUCGUCAACAAAAAGGAGGAGGACGAGGAGACAAGCUCGAGCUCAUAAUUAUGAAUUUGGUAAUUCGAAAAAAAUUAGUUUAAAUAAACCAUCGUCAAAGGCAAGAAGGAGAAUUAUCGUUAAUGAAGAGUCGAGCGAUGAGGAUGAACAAUUCUGAGCUUAAUGUAUAAUAUUAGAAAACUACUUAAUUUAAAUCGGACUGUCACCUUUUUUUGGCGUACACAUAAAUAGAUUAAAAAACUACUUUUUUCUCAUCAUUUUUUUAAAACAAUUUUUACAAUAUUAGCAAUUUAUCUUUCAGCAUUAAUUUGAAAAUUGAAUGGAAAUCAUUAAAAUUAAAAUCAUGAUCAUUUACAACUCACUGACGAUAAAACAGAAGAUCAAACAUUGUGAAUAUUUGUGAAUGAGUUGAGAUUUUGCUCAUGGGGUAUUGGCAUCACACGAGAUGUGAAGUCACAAUUGACAUUUUUAUCUUGACCAAAAUAUGAGAGGUUAUGAAAGACAAGUAGAACAAAAAGCAUCCACAUUUUCUUUUUUAACAAAAUUUUAAUAAAAAAUGACUGAGAAAAACAACAAAACUAUUUAAAUGAACAAAAACAUUCCAUUAUCACGUGACUAAUUGAAUAAGUAUUAAAUAAUUAGCAUAACAAUACCCUGUAAACUUGAUGAAAUAAAAUAUAUAAAAAACUAGUAAAAACUGGAAA